AAUCCGAUCCGAUCAGACGCCUAGUUUAGGGUUUCAGAGCUUUCUCCCCACCUCUCCCCUCCCCUCCCCCCCCUCUCUCUGUCGUCCUCUUCCUCCCGCUCGCGUCCGCCAUUGACGCGGCGCGGCGCACGAGCUCCCCCUCAGAUCUGACCAAUCCACACCGCGAACCCUCUCACCUGACGCAACCCCGAAUCUUGCCUGGAACGGCGAAGAAUUCGAACACAAAUCUGAAGCACACCGUCGUCACUAAGACCACACACUACAUCUGAUUUUUUUUUGUUUCUCCACACCCUGAUUGUUUCUAGAUUUUUUUUUAUUCUCGUUUCGGACGCUUCAUAAGAACAGAUCUGCGAGCGAGUUCGCGGAUCUUAUCUAUCUGUGUGAGAACCAAGACCCUUUUGUUGCCUGUGGACACGAUCCGAACGAACUUUGACCUGAGGAUUCGUUUGAGAUCUGUUUGCUGCUGGUCUCGAGAGAAUGAUCAGGUCGAUGGUAUAUUUCGGGAACACCUCCAUCGGCGAGGUGGAGGUGUGGCCCAGCGGCGACGCGAGCCUGGCAGCGGCAGCGUGGGCUCGAGAGAUCCGCGUUGACCGCCUUUCCCCGCCCAGCGAGCGGUGCCAGCCGCUCGCCGUGAUGCAUACCGUGGCCGUCGGUGCUCGCUGCCUCGUCAUGGAGUCCAGGCUGCCCAAGGCAGCGGAUGAGCCACCCCAGCCUCUCGUCGCCAUGCACGCUGCUUGCCUCAAGGAAAACAAGACUGCAGUUGUUCCACUAGGAGAGGAAGAAUUGCAUUUAGUGGCAAUGACAUCCAGGAGAAACCUGACAAAUCACGCAUGUUUCUGGGGAUAUAAAGUGCCAUUUGGUUUGUACAAUUCUUGCUUGACUAUGUUAAAUCUCCGGUGCCUUGGGAUCGUAUUUGACCUUGAUGAGACACUGAUUGUCGCCAAUACUACACGGUCUUUUGAGGACAGAAUUGACGCGCUUCAGAGAAAGUUGAGCAAUGAGACUGAUCCACAGCGCAUAAACGGUAUGAUAGCGGAGAUUAAGAGGUACCAAGAUGAUAAGUCUAUCCUAAAGCAGUACAUUGAAGGUGAUCAGGUCUAUGAUGAUGGAAAAAUGUAUAAAGUGCAACCUGAGUUGGUUCCGCCAUUAUCCGAUAACCAUCAACCAAUGACACGUCCAGUUAUACGAUUACAAGAGAAGAAUAUUAUCUUGACGAGAAUAAAUCCUUUGAUAAGGGAUACCAGUGUUCUUGUACGUUUAAGGCCAGCAUGGGAGGAUCUCCGGAGCUACUUGAUUGCUAGAGGUCGCAAACGUUUUGAGGUCUAUGUGUGUACAAUGGCUGAGAGAGACUACGCCUUAGAAAUGUGGAGGUUGCUUGAUCCAGACUCAAGAUUGAUUAACUCUGUUCAACUUAAUGACAGAAUGGUGUGUGUAAAAUCUGGUUUAAGAAAGUCCUUGCUGAAUGUUUUCCAUGAUGGAUCCUGCCAUCCUGGAAUGGCCCUAGUAAUUGAUGACCGACUCAAAGUCUGGGAUGAGAAGGAUCAAUCUAGAGUUCAUGUGGUUCCUGCAUUCACUCCAUAUUAUGCACCACAAGCAGAGGCAAACUGUUCUAUCCCAGUUCUCUGUGUCGCCAGGAAUGUUGCAUGCAAUGUUAGAGGGGGCUUCUUUAAGGACUUUGAUGAAGGCCUCUUACCAAGAAUUAGCAAUGUUUUUUAUGAGGAUGAAAUCAAUGAAAUCCCAUCUGCUCCAGAUGUUGGCAAUUAUUUGAUUUCAGAGGAUGAGAAUGUUGCGGCAGUGAAUGGAAACAGGGAUCCAUUGGCUUUUGAUGGUAUGGCUGAUGCUGAGGUUGAAAGGAGAAUGAAGGAAGCAUCUGGAAAUGCUCAAGCUUUUACUACAACAGCAGCUAACUUUGUGAUGCCAGUACUCCCUGGUCAAAAUUUCGUUUCAUCUUCAGUAGCACCAGUAGCCCCAUCCCUUGGCAUGGUGCCUUUGAGUAAUAAUCAGGGUCCACCUCCAUUCACUCAACCAGUUGCUCAACUGAGUCUCUCAGAUCCACUGCAAGGCUCUCCAGCUAGGGAAGAGGGUGAAGUUCCUGAGUCAGAGUUAGAUCCUGACACAAGGAGAAGACUUCUUAUAUUACAACAUGGUCAAGACACCAGAGAUCCUACACCUCCUCUUCCAGCAGUACCUCCUGUUCAAGUCCCAGUUCCUCCAGUUCAACCUCAUGGAAAUUGGUUUCCUGUAGAGGAUGGCAUGAAUCCAAAUAAUCUAAACAGGGGUUCUGCAGGGUUCCCUUUGGAAUCUGAAACUAUGCACUAUGAUAAAAAGCAACUACCUCACCCAUUCUUUCAUGGUGGGGAAAACCCUAUAUCCUCUGAUAGAUUUAGUUAUCAGAACCAGAGGUAUCCCUCCCAGCUACCGCAUAGUGAAGAUCAUCGCGUUCUUCAGAACCAUGCACCGUCAAGAUACAGAUCCUUCCCUGGAGAGGAGCUAGCAACUCGGCAUGUUUCUUCAAGUCAGAGAAACAACCAGAUAGUACCAGGACAACACUUUGCUCGGCAUGCAGGGAGCUCUGCUGGCAUACUAGAGGAGAUUGCUAUGAAGUGUGGUUCUAAGGUGGAGUACAGGUCAGCACUAUGUGAUACUGCGGAUUUACAGUUCUCAAUCGAGGUUUGGAUUGUUGGAGAAAAAGUAGGCGAAGGCAUUGGCAGGACAAGGAAAGAAGCACAGUGUCAAGCUGCAGAAAUCUCAUUAAGAAAUUUAGCUAAUAAAUAUCUGUCAUCUGAUCCAAAUAAGAUGACUGAUAUGAAAGAAAAUGGUUUUGGUAGCAAUACAAACAUUUUUGGAUACCCUGGAAAUAGUAGGGACGAUGUGUUACCAAUUGCAAGUACUUCAGAAGAAACUCGCUUUGUGAAGAUGGGGGAGAACAAUUCCAGAAAAGCAGGAGGUUCUAUUGCUGCUCUCAAGGAACUUUGCACAGCUGAGGGAUAUAACUUAGUUUUUCAAGCUCGGACAUCUCCUGAUAGUUCAGUAGGCAAAGAAGCUUAUGCUGAGGUAGAAGUUUGUGGGCAAAUUCUAGGCAACGGAGUGGGAAUAACAUGGGAAGAUGCUAAGCUUCAGGCUGCUGAUGAAGCUCUUGGAAUGUUGAGAUCCAUGCUUGGUCCACUUGCUCAGAAACGGUCCAGUUCUCCAAGGUCACUGGCACCCAGUUUUGAUAAGCGCUUCAAGCCAGAUUUUCCACGGGCAGUGCAAAGGGUUCCUUAUGGUAGAUAUUCCCGAAUUGAAGGCCAUGUUCCUUGACAUUUUAACGGAUACAUUGGUUCUAAACUCUGGAUUUUUUAGCUAGAUGAGACGUAUCAACUUUGCAGAGAAUAAAAACCAUGACACCCGGUCAUCUUGCGCGGCUUCUACUGGAAACAUGGAUGGUUGUGGAUGCACCAAGAAAUUGCAAGCAAUUGUGGUGGCCAUGUCUUCAUGCUGAUACUUGCUUUGGGUCUGAUCUCACGUUAAUUGACAUGUUUGACUUGAAGUGUGCCCAUCCUUGUGGAUACCCAGACGUACCGCUUCCGUGGGGGCUUGUGCAGCUUCUGUCCUGCUUGGGGGAACUUCAAUCCGUGGCUGCAGAGGCGCUGCGACCGUUUUAACAUUUUGUUUGUAGGAUAAGUUUGUAGCUUAGGUUUGGAGUAGGUAGCUAAUUUUGUUGCGGUGGAAGUAGGUAUUAAUCCUACAUUAAAUCCCGUGUUUAUUUUUUUAGGUCAAUACUGACAAAAGUUCAGUAGCUAGAUGUUUAUUAUUUGUUUCUUUAUGUAGUCAUUCUUUAUUAUGUUCUUGUCAUUAUUUGUAAAGAUCUACGGUUUGUUGAUUGUGUUGCCGGUGUAACCUCGCAUCGCGGGGUGGCCUCUCGAAUCUCUCGUAUGUUGUCUCCUGCUGAAAAACUGUACACGUCUGCUGUGGUCGUGACUA